AGAACUUUUAAAUCUAAAGUUAAAGCUGCUACCCUGCAGUGUCUGCUCCAUCACCAAGCCAUGGCUGGGAUCACCACCAGCUUCCCUUUUAACCCUCUCCUUACCCAAUUAACAACGGCAACCAAAACGACUCAGUUUAUUCUUUCAUCUCUUGAAUCCAAGCUCUUUGGACUCCGUUUUCACUGCUCUAAACCCGACUCUCUCAUUUCUCUCUCCCGCGCUUCCGUUGUCACCUCCGCUCGCUUCGGUGGUGGGUUCCGUUCUUCCGGCGACCGGCGGUCCAGGCAGAGUGAUUCUGAAGAUGACCACGCUCUUGAUAUAUCUACCAUUAGGUCAGCUACUGUGAGGCUUAUUGAUGAGCAGCAAAAUAUGGUUGGAGUGGUACCUAAAAGUGAGGCAAUUCAAAUGGCUGAGAAUGCUGCACUUGAUUUGGUGAUAUUAUCCCCUGAUGCUGAUCCACCAGUUGUCAGAAUAAUGGAUUACAACAAGUAUAGAUAUGAACUGCAAAAGAAAAAGAAAGGACAGCAGAAGAAAAGUGCUGCAACUCGCAUGGAUCUGAAGGAACUUAAGAUGGGUUACAACAUUGAUCAACAUGAUUAUGAUGUGCGUUUGAGAGCUGCUCGGAAGUUUUUAAAAGAUGGUGACAAGGUUAAGGUCAUAGUGAACUUGAAAGGCCGUGAAAAUGAAUUCAGAAAUAUUGCUAUUGAGCUCAUCAGACGUUUCCAGAAUGAUGUUGGGGAGCUUGCGACUGAGGAGACUAAAAACUUCAGAGAUAGAAAUAUAUUUAUUACUUUGGCACCCAAUAAAGCCAUUCUACAGAAAUCACAGGAGCCACCAAAGAAAAGGGACAAAUCAGCUGUAAACGAAGUGUCAGCUGGUGUGUGAUUGCAUUUGGAAGUUCCAUGAAGAGUUUCAACAAAGGAUAGAUGGCAGGUAUCACCCCUUUUGAUUUAUUAAACAGGCUUAGGAUCCGUGUAUGUAUAGUUUAGUGUAAUACGACAUGUAUUAUAACACACCAAAUUUUACAGCAGAAACAACCUUUUGUAGUCUUAAUAAUUGUGAGAUUAGCUAGGACUUUACAUCA